AAUUUUAUUAAAAUAAAAAGAUAAAAUGGCUUUAAUUGAAAAUAACGGUGAUAAGUUAUUUAGUUUGUUCAACGAACUUGGAGUGAAUUUGGGUAAAACUGAUAGAACAGUUGUUAACGGUUGGUUCGAUUCGAAUUGCAAGGAAACUGUUGAUUUUCUCAAUUGGAUUUGCAACAGCAUAAAUACCAAUAAUGUCUUAACUAGUCAAGAAAGCGAUGCCUAUGAGCUUUUGCUUGAUAAUGAUUUGCUUCUUUCGAAUGAAAAAUAUGAUGCAGCCCUGGAAGAUUUGGAAAUCAACCAUACAGAUAUAUUCAAUGUUGAAAAUAACUUAUUCAAUAACGAAUGUUUGAUGGAUGAAAUUGCCAUAGCUGAUUUAGAUUUAGAUGAAGCAGAUCAAUCUGUUGCUAAUGAACAGAAACUUGGUUACCUUUUGAAGAACAGCAUGAUUAAGAAGAGGAAUGAACAAACUGAAGCUGAAGCCAAGAAAAAUGUUGCUAAAGAUAAAUGCAUGGUCUUAAGCAAUAAGUUGCAAGAUCUAAAUAAACAAUUGGAAGCACAAAUACUAAAGUAUGGGGAGCAUUUGAUUAAUUAUGAUAUGGAAUCAAAUCCUUCUUUUAUAUCUAGCAUACCAAAUGAAGAGUACAAUUUCUAUUGCAGUGAUGUUACUUCUGUUAUUAACCGAGUGAUAGGUAAGCACAAGUCAGCACCAAGCAAUGAUCUAAUCAUGUCCAGCACUAAAAAUAAACUUCAACAGAGUUUGUUCAAUAACACUGAAUCCUCAACUAUUCUUGAGGAGAUGCAGAAUCGAAUUGCAAAUAGCAUUUUCAAAUAUGUGCAAGCAAAAAGUCAGGAAUAUACUUUGGAAUCUACACUAAACUAUCUGAAUAACUUGGAUCUAUUUGAGGCUUCCACUUGCAUUCUGCAGGGCAUGGAUUUGUAUCAAAUGGAAGGGAUGAUAAUUUCCAAGAGGGAGCAAGUUAAAACCAUCACCAUUGAUCUGGAAGCUUUAGCAGGGCAAACUUCCAAAAAGUAUAUUAAUUUACCGAAGUUGGCCAAAGCCGAGAUGGAUUUGAAAGAGAUGCAGACGAAAAAUGCGUAUUUCACAGAUUUAAACGCAAAGAUCAGCGGCAUACUUUCUUUUCAAUUUCUUACUUAUCUGUUUUACGAGAGGGAAAAUAAGAAUAUGGAAAUUACGGACGGUUUCUUUAAAGAAGUGUACCAAUACAUAACGUACGAUUUGAAAAAUUAUGAAUUGAGAACGGAAAUGAUGAACAAAGUUAUUGAAGAUUACAACGAGUACAAGAGUAAACCAAUUGUAAAGCAGUAUAAGAUCCUGCAGGAUGUGAUGGAGUUGCUCCAGGGUAAUAGUAAGAAAGAAUAUGAUUUGCAGGACGUUGUUAAUGUGGUGCAGCAGUUCCGAGGCGAGUGUAGAAACCUCGAAAAGCGAGUUUAUCUAAAUGAUGUCGAUACGUUUAAAGCCGACUGUGAACCGAUUGUGGAGAAUAUAGAAGUGAUGAAGCGGUUUUUGAUGAAUGGACCCACUUCAGAAAUCAUCUCCAUACCGUAUAAUCUGUACACUACUUUCAAGAAGGUGUCUAAUGUGUUGGAGCAGCAAUUGUCGAUCAUCAAAACAACCACAAUUCUUACGAACGAUACUGAGAAGAAAAUAUCUAAGGAUAAGUGGUUUAACAUCAGGCGGCAGCUUUGGAUGUACUUUCUGAUUUCACCUAAGAAAGUGCUUGGUUUCAUAGAGCAUAUUGAGAAUGAGUUGAAGAUGGUUACCAGAUCCAGGUUAAAUGUUUAA